UUCAUAUACAUUUUACAAGAUAAAGUAUCGCCAAACCGCUGUCUUACGGCGCCGACGGUAUAUUUAAAAUGAAGGGAGAUAAAAUGGCUACGGGAAACAUCAGUGAAGUCGUAACUAUGUACCAAACACUGGUUAAAGAUUGGAAUAAAAAACCCGUAAAUCUUGAAAAAUGCGGCAAGUUAUUAAGCUCCUUGAAGGUGAGAAAAAAAGACAGUGCUAUUGACCAAAACGUUACCCUUUGUCAAAUGUGUUUUUUGACUGUUGUCACUUGUCAAUUUAUUUUUUAAAAAAAUUUUUGCUAUCGAUUCUAUCAUAAAUUAUCUGGAAACUUCACAUUUUGCCGUACCUGAAUAAUUACUGAAUACAUAAACCAUCAAACACACUAAAACAUAAUGAAUCAUACCACAUCAUAUUGUAUGGUAUUAUAAAAGUUGUAAAGUGCCCAAUGAGCAAAUUGUUGAACCAAAUCAUUAUGAAUUGAACCAUCCGACAUUAUUAGGUUGCAUUGACUGGCCUGUCAUUCCUUCCAACAUCAAUGUCUGGCCCCGAUCCGCAAGAGUUGGUACUCGCAAGUGAGUUUGACAAUGUUUAAGUGUUGCUGUCAGAAUGCCUAUUGCAUGCUGGGAAGGUUUUUGAGGGUUUUUGGAUUAGUGGGACUUAUGCUGUAUGUUUGUGACCUCUUGCAGAAGGACAGUUACAGCAGCCAGAAAAAUGGACUUACUAGUCAUAAAACCAAUGCUACUAUUUAUUUCAAUUUUUUUCUGUUAUGAUUGUGGUAGCAUACCAGAUUGAUUACACAUGCUCAGUUACUUGGUUUCCAUAUGAUUGUAAUGGUCAUAAAGAUUGAGUUAUGAUCUUUCUCACCACCCAGUUUAGCACUGGAAAUAGACAGAAUGAUUUUUCUGGCCAUUGUGACUCUAUUUUUACAACCGUUGCAACCAUACAGAAACAUGACUUUAAGCAAAGGUCCCACAAGCAUUAGGCCAGUGUCUGUUAGCAUAAGAUAGAUGUUGACAAGGUCCCACAUGAUGUAUGGCAAUUUUGUAUUAUGAAUAAACUGAGUAUUGGUUUUAUGCAAUUUUAAAGUCACAGUUCACUGUUGAAUAAAAACCUUUCCUUUGGCCUUCAAUCUAUAUGUAAAUUGUGUCUGUAUUUAAUAUGUUUAUACUAAUUGGAGUUAAAUAUCUAUUUUCUAGGAGAUGUAUUAGAAAUAGGAGUUCAGUGGAGUGUUGAGAAAAAUGAUAUUCCUUCGUUUGAACGAUACAUGGCCCAACUUAAACCAUAUUAUUUAGAUUAUCGGUAAUACAAUCAUACAAUCAUAAAAUCAGUAUCAUAUAAUCAGUAACAUAAUAAUACUCUUUAUUCAGGAAUGCAAUUUUCAGCCUAAGAUGCUUUGCAAUUGAGUCCUGAGAAUAUACUGAUACAAAAAAAUCCAAUUGGAAUUUCAAUUGGAAUCAUAAUUCCUAUAACAAUUGUGACUGUUUUCAAUUGAAAUUUGGUGAAUUUUGGCCAAUUUCCAAUAGAUAUUCCUAUUGAAAUUCCAAUUGGAUUUUUUUGUAAGGGUACAUGUCCAGGACAUCAACAUCAACAUAUACAGAAACAUAUCUUGAUCUAUCACAAUAUUUAUUACGUUCAAUUGUUUUAAUAUAUAGAGGAAUCCUUCAAGAAUCGCCUUACAUGUAUCAGACAUUGGGCCUAAACCUUCUUCUCUUAUUGGCCCAGAAUCGCUUGGCAGAAUUUCAUACUGUAGGUUAUGCAAGCCUUUUUUUGAAUUAAGAAAUGUCUUGUACACAGAACUCGAACUAAUUUUCUUACCUCUUAGGAGUUGGAAUUAUUACCAGCCACAGAAUACAAUGAAAAUGUAUAUAUUAAACAUCCAGUGCAACUAGAGCGGGUGCGUACAAUACUUUAACAUUCCUUCAUUCAUAAAUAUACUGUGUAUUCUCAAUUAAAUAUAUCUAUUGUGUUCCUAUUUUCAUAUCUUUAUUUUAGUUUUUAAUGGAAGGAAAUUAUAAUAAAGUAAGUUGAAAUUUUAAUGCUUGCAAAAAUUAACCCAUUAAGUUGCAUUGCACCCUACUUUACUCUUGUUUUACUCUGUCUAAUGCCAAAUAAUUUUACUCAUCAAGGAGAGAGCAUUCAUUGGAUUAGGAUGUACUAAGUCAUACAAGGAUGAAAUUUAUCCUGCUUGAAACCAAAUUUUUAUUUCUGAACUAUAGAUGAUUUUUUAUAUUUACCGAAGAUGAUUGUAAAAUAUAGAAAGUAAAAUAAUGCAUUCUAUUUGCUGUUGCCGUAGGUAUUUCUAGCACGAGGAAAUGUGCCAGCUAAAAGUUACCAUGUUUUUAUGGAUAUUCUAAUUAAUACACUACGGUGAGUUAAGGAAAUGUAUAGGGUUUUACUGACAUAAAGAAAACCAUGUGCUGAACAAUAACUAUAAAAAAUAAUCUGUACUCUUUCUUCAAUAGAGAUGAAAUCGCAGCAUGUUUAGAAAAGUCCUAUCAAAGAAUAUCAUUCGUUGAGGCACAGCGAAUGUUGUAUUUAGAUUCCGCAAAAGACACGAAAACUUUUGCGACCAAGGUGGGUUACUCAGUCAAAAACCUAAUACAUGUAUCUAACAAAAAUCUCUCUAAUAUAGACAUUUUUCUAAUACAGACAUAACGACAACAGUCUAAUUAUAGUUGUGAUCACUAUAAAAUAUAUCAACAAUAUUUUAAUCUAAUUAGCACCAACCAAUCAAAUGACAGAUCUUUUGUCUCGUAGACCAAUCAGAUUUACAACCGAAAUACGGUUGUAAGGCAUGGACUGUUAAGGUUUGUAUCAGGCCUAUUUAUUUAUUUAUAGGCCUGAUUGCAGGUUACUCUAAUACAGACACCUCUCUAAUACAUACAUCAGUUUCUAAUACAGACAUCUCUCUUGUACAGACAUCCCUCUAAUACAGACAUCUCUUUAAUACAGACAUCUCUCUUAUUCAGACAUCUCUCUAAUGCAGACAUCUCUCUAAAAUACAGACUUACUUUUUACCCUGCUCGGUUUCCUUUGUUCUUAGUGGGGAAUAUAUUCAAUAUUCCCCUCUAAUCAAUUUCCGUUUAAUAAUCCCCUCUAAUAUUCACCUGCAAUGUCUUUGCAGCACAAAAAAAUGAGAAAAACAACAUAACGAAGGCAAUAUGGCAUUAAGAAUUAUUUCUAUUCUGACUCAUUAAAGUGACCUCACAAUGUGAAAAAUAAGUAUGUUAUUUUGAGGCAUCUCGGGGAUAUGUGUUUAUUCACCUCGGCGCUGCAUGCCUCGGUGAAUAAAUCACAUAUCCCCUUGUUGCCUCAAAAUAACCUAUACAUGACCACAUCUCUCUUAUAUAUGCAGACACCUCUCUAAAGCAGACAUCGCUUUAACAGACAUCUCUCUGACAUCCAUCCCAUUUCUUUUCAGCGUGGUUGGAAACUUGGGAGUGACCAUGUUUACAUCUUUGAAGACGAGGAGUCGGACACUAAGCAAGAAAUUCCAUCUAUAAACACAAUCCAACAUAUGUUGGAAUAUGCCAAGGAACUCGAGAGAAUUGUUUAAAAACUUUCUUUGUAGUUUGUUUAAUUAAUGUUUUAUUAAUAUACAUGUAGUAUUAAUGCCAGUUGUAAAAUCUAACGAAAAAUAUAACCUGUUCUUUAAUUAUAACAAAUAUUAUAGUAUUUUCGUGUACAAUUUGUAUUCUGGCAUAUGAAAAUUACUGGUGGCAUGACAAUUCUAACCAAGGUGGGUUCCUCAGUCAAAUACCUCACUAAUAUACAUAUCUAACAAAAAUCUCUCAAAUACAGACAUCUCUCUAAUACAGAUGCCUCUCUAACAUCAAGAUACCCAGAGUAGAGCUGCUCCCAUCGGUUGAUUUUCAUAAUCGAAUUAAUCGUCAAUAAUUGAUUAAUUGUGUUGAUAAUUAAUUUAAAUAUGACAAGCCUAUGGUGGUUUGACAGGUUUGUAAAUUGUAAUUAAACGUUACUAAAUUUUGCGAUUUUAUGUCUGCAUGCCGCAACGUUGGAUGCAAAUGGUAAUAAAUUCUUUUAAUAAAUAAACUUUAAAUUAAAGAUAUUUUUGCAGCACUGGUAACCUGAUCAGACUAUAGCACCAGUGAGAGUGAAAUUGAUAUUUGACCCACAAUGUUCUUAAUCAAUUUGUCAUUUAGUGUUUCAAUCACAAUCUUGUCGCAAAUUUUAAUCCGGAAAGAAAUUAACUCUAAUCAUUUGUGGAAAAGUAAUUGAUUAAUUGGGAGCAGCUCUACCCCAGAAUAAUAAACUUUAAUUUAAUGGUUGUUGGUCAUUCAGGUUCCCAUGUUGAACCAAUUUCUUGUUCAAAAUGCAGUGGACCUUUCCCGAGUGGGUUCCACUUUUUCUUUAUUUCACAUAGCCUUGGGUAAUUGACUCCAUAUAGCUCUUGAGGCCAGUUGAUCAAAUGCCUGUCCAUGUAGUUGACAUAGCUACCCAAUGUACAACCAAAUUUUUUAAUAUCAUGGUAAGUUGAGGUAGCAAACUCAUACACUUCACUUCGGGAGGCACUGUUAUGAAAUCUUCCGUACGUGUAGAAACUAUAUUGAGCUGUACGGUAAGGAAAAGCUGUGGACGUAGAAGGAUAUUGUUGGAUAUCCCCACCCAUGUGAACAAAUUCCAAGAGACAUUCUGCUGGGAUUUCUAAAUCUGAAAAAUACUUUGCCAUUUCUGGUGGAAUGGACUGGAUCAUUGCACCUUUCACAUAGAUUGGUUCAACCUCGUAGUGAACAAAUCCAUGUCGUUGACUGUAUUCUCUAACAAACUUCAGAUAUGAUUCAUAUGUUUUAGUAGAGCGCUGGCCAGGAUGAAGAUUCUUUAUAACCUCUUCAACUUUGCCGGCAUGAUGAUCCGAGUAGACAGCAUCGAGUGUCAAGGUCUUUUUACCAAAGUAGCCAUGGAUGGCAAAAUCCAGAUUCAUUUCCUUUGGCAGUUGCAAAAGUUGAGACCCGAGCUCAUUUAACACAAGUUCAGUACUUUCUGCACCAUCAUAUCUAAUGUUCGUCCAAAUGAAUUGCUUAGGCCGUGGAGAAAGUUUCAAUGUAACAUCAACUAAAACACCAAAGUUCCCACCACCCCCACCUUUCAAAGCCCAAAACAAAUCUUUAUUUUUGUCCUUUGACACCUUCACCACUUGGUCACCAUCAGCUGUUACCAUAGUGAACUCCUCUGCCAUAUCACACGCUAGUCCACCAUAAGCACGGGACAACAUGCUAUAGCCACCGCCCAGAAUAUAACCCCCUAUUCCAACAGCAGGUACACAACCACCCACUGCAACAUAAUUUGUGUUCUCCAAAGCUUUGUAGACAUCUCCCCAGUUUGCCCCAGCACCAACGGUGACCGCACCAUCCUUAAGUUUCACUGAAGCCAAGUUCUUCAUGGAAACAACAAAGCCAUUUUGAUCAGUGGUAGAGUAACCUGCAAAACUAUGCCCUCCCGAUUUGAUGGCUACUGCUGGCACUUCACAAGCAAGAGCUACACGCAUACACCGCUGAAUAUCGCUUACGUUAUUGGGAACGGCAACAAACGCUGGAUGUUCGUUGGAGUACGAGGGAUUAUAUAUCUUUACAGCUUCCUUGUACUCGUCGGGUUGAUCAGGUGUUAUAGCAAUGUCUUUUAACUCUUCAAGUGCUGUGAAGAUGGGCUGUUGACUAAAACUCAUUCGCUGAUAUAUUGCUGUGGUAAAAAUAGCUCUACUACCAACGCAUUGCGACAAAAUAAAAGAUUUACCUGCCAAAAACAUUUUCAAAUUUUUGUUUUGGUUCGAUGGCUUCUUCUACAAAUUUGCAACUUCCGUU